AUGCUGUCCUUCUCGUGUCGAAUUCCCGGAUACGACAAUGCGUUUCGGGUCCUUGUUGACUGCGGCGCUUCGGAGAACUAUGCCCGCCGCACGUCCAUUCAAGGGAACCCUUCCAUCUUUGCCGACGCGGUUCGUCGUGCAGACCCGCACGCCUCCGUGCGCGUCAAGAUGGCUGACGGCAAGGUUGUCUCCUCGCCCAAAAUCCUCGUGGAUCUCCACGUGACUCUGGAAGGCUUUUCUUCCAUGGAGUCGUUUUUCGUCAUCGACCUCGAUGACCGAUGGGACCUGAUCCUUGGUAUGCGGUGGCUCGAGCUCCACCAACCUCGGAUCAGCUGGCGCACGAAGCGCAUGUCCCCUCCUGCUUCUGCCGACCUAGGGGCGAUGAGUAAUGAGCUCUCCCCUUUGCCUGCCCAGGCGCCGUUUGCACCGCGCCGGACACUCUCGGCUUUUGCGCCCCCGUUGGAAUCGGCCGCUUUCGGCGAUGCCGCCGUGCCCGGCGAUGACGUUUGUUCCGCUGCUUCCAGCGAUGCCGCCGCACUCGGCGAUGAUGUGGAAUCCGCCGCUGUCGGCGAUGCCGCCGUACCCAGCGAUAUACCUCCUCUAGCGUAA